AUGGCUUCAGGAGACCUGUACGAGGUGGAGCGAAUUGUUGACAAGAGGCGGAACAAAAAGGGCAAGUGGGAAUACCUGAUCAGGUGGAAAGGCUAUGGGAGUAAAGAGGACACUUGGGAACCAGAGCACCAUCUUCUUCACUGUGAGGAGUUUAUCGAUCAAUUUAACGGAGAUAGACUCAACAAAAGCAUUGCAUGCAAAGCGCCCCCUGGUCCUGGGCUGCCUCCUGCUCCCCCAGAGCAGAUGGUCCAGCGUGGUCAGAAUGGACUCGAAAACGGAAACAUGGAGCCCGUACUGUACAGAGCAGCAACACGACCACAGAGACCACCUCCAGCGAGGCGACACACAGACAUGACCCAGCCAGAGUUUCCCAGUGAACUCGGGCCUCAUCUGGUCAAUGGAAAAUUGAAUUUGCACAACUCGGUUAAACGAAAACUGAUUGAAGACAAAGGCAGCGCCAUCGACAAACGGCUCAGGUACAAUGUGCGACAGAACGAGGGCAACAGUCGGUUCAGGGACAUCGUGGUGAGGAAAGAGGAAGGCUUCACUCAUGUGCUUCUGUCCAGCCAGACCACAGACAACAACGCUCUGACGCCUGAGAUCAUGAAGGAGUUGUGCCGGGCUCUGGGCAGUGCAGCUGCAGAUGACAGUAAGCUGUUACUGCUCAGUUCUGUCGGCACAGUGUUCUGCAGCGGACUGGAGCCCUCCUACCUGAUUGGCCGUUUGUCAACUGAUCGCAGGAAAGAGAGCUGUCGCAUUGCUGAGGCUGUACGAGAGUUUGUGUUGGCAUUUAUACACUUUAAGAAGCCAAUUGUAGUAGCCAUAAAUGGCCCAGCACUGGGCUUGGGGGCUUCCAUAUUACCCCUCUGCGACGUGGUGUGGGCGAGUGAGAGAGCCUGGUUUCAAACUCCAUGCGCUGCCCUGCACCUCACUCCCUCUGGUUGCUCAUCAUACACAUUUCCUCAAAUCCUAGGGGUAGCUCUGGCAAAUGAGAUGUUGUUCUGUGGAAGGAAGUUGACCGCUCAGGAGGCCUGCAGUCGAGGCUUGGUGUCACAAGUGUUCUGGCCCACCACAUUUAACCAGGAGGUCAUGCUACGAGUGAAGGAAAUGGCCUCUUGUAAUGCAGUAGUCUUAGAAGAAUCAAAAUGCCUUGUUCGGGGAAUAAUCAUCUCAAUUUUGGAGGAGGUGAAUGUGAAGGAGUGUCAGAUGCUGAGGCAGCUCUGGUGCUCCACCAAAGGUCUGGAGACACUGUUCAGUUACCUUCAUAGCAAGUCUUACGACAAAUGA